GAGUGUGGCGUGCAGUUAAAAGGCGUCGCAGGGCAAGCAGGUGUGGAAGACCCGACGCGCCUGGUGCGCUCCGCUCUCCCGGACUCUCAGCCAGUCGGCGGCGCAGUAGCGCACAGCGAGCGCCGAGGCAGCCUCCGCCACCACCAGCCCAGACUCCGCGGGAGCGCACAGCCGCCACCCGCGACCUCGCGGAGCGCUCCCUCCCGCGCAGUGCAGACCACCCGGAGGAGAAGAUGGAUUGGAGCACACUACAGACUAUUCUGGGGGGUGUCAAUAAACACUCCACUAGUAUUGGGAAGAUCUGGCUCACAGUCCUCUUCAUUUUUCGCAUUAUGAUCUUGGUAGUAGCCGCAAAGGAAGUGUGGGGAGAUGAGCAAGCUGAUUUUAUCUGCAACACUCUACAACCUGGGUGCAAAAAUGUGUGCUAUGAUCACUAUUUCCCCAUCUCUCACAUCCGACUCUGGGCCCUUCAGCUGAUCUUUGUGUCCACACCAGCUCUCUUGGUGGCCAUGCACGUUGCCUACCGGAGACAUGAGAAGAAAAGGAAGUUCAUUAAGGGAGAGAUAAAGAGUGAAUUUAAAGACAUUGAAGAGAUCAAAACCCAGAAGGUCCGCAUUGAAGGGUCACUGUGGUGGACCUACACUAGCAGCAUCUUCUUCCGGGUCAUCUUUGAAGCGGUCUUCAUGUAUGUCUUCUAUAUCAUGUAUGAUGGGUUCUCCAUGCAGCGUUUGGUGAAAUGCAAUGCGUGGCCUUGUCCCAAUACAGUGGACUGCUUUGUUUCCAGGCCCACGGAAAAGACUGUCUUCACGGUUUUUAUGAUUGCAGUGUCUGGAAUUUGCAUACUGUUAAAUGUCACUGAAUUGUGUUAUUUGCUAAUUAGAUAUUGUUCUGGAAAGUCAAAAAAACCAGUUUAACACAUUACCCAGCCAGCGGAUAAAAGAUAGGGAGAAAAGGAUGAGGCACAGGUGCUUUGCUGUCCAGGCACAGUCACCAGCAUUUCCCAAGAUCAAGAUUCUUAUCUUAAACGCAACCAUUUGAAACUGCUCUAGAUCUCAGUGAAACUCCAGAUGCCUCCAGCAGAGCUUUACUCUCCUAAAGCUUGAAAACAAAGGCAUAAUUCUAUGCCUAUACUGAUUUGUACUACAAUUAGUUCCAGUAAAACCCCAUGCUGGAAGGGGUUGUGGGUGUAGGUACUCUCAAAUUUUAAAUAAAGGACAUCAGCAUUUGUUUCUCUUUCUUUGAGGAAAGGAGAGAAACUCUGAGUUCUAAAGAGGAUGCUGAGAAGUUUGGGUUUCUUCCCUUAGGGCUCCCUUUGCCGCAUUCCCUGAAUUAAAGGUGAACAUAGAGAUCCUUGAUUCUUUUAUUCGCUUGGAAAGUUUUAGUCUCUAACAAUGGGCAGGGUUAUCUAAUGCUUCAAACUCUGUCAUGCUUUUUUUUUUAAGUGAAAACUUUAAAAUGGGUAUGUUCUUUUGAUCUGCAAGAUGUUCUGAAGCCAUUAGAUGUUCCUCAUAUUUCAAAGGCUCAGAUUAUGAUAUGCGUGCAACUAGACAAUAUCACUGAAUUUAAAAUAUGGCCUUUCAGUUUUGAAAAAUUUGCAGUGCCUGAGAAGUUGUUUGCUCUAUUAAUUGUGGUAUGUAGCGCAUGAAAGCAUUUCAGCCUCUCACACAUGAAACCACCUAGAAGUACUUAGUGAUGGCUUAUAACAGCAAAAGGCCUCGUUUCCAAAAUUUAGGUGUAAUUCUGCAUGAGAAAUAUGGACUGGAAGGACCACCAAUCACCCCCAACUACAGGCUAGCACAAGACACCUUCUUUCCUUUAUAGUGUUUGCCUUUUCCAUUACUGUGGUAAAUGGUAGGAACACUGAUUUAAAGAGGUUGCUUGGGAAUAUUUUAUAGCCACUGUACAAUUUAAUGGUGUGGAACAAAAUGGAGCUCCAAAAGAGUAGUUACUAUAUUUUAAAGAACAGAUGAAAAGACUAGACUCUAAAUUCUGAUGACUAAAAACGAGUUUCAUCUACUUCAAAAGAUUGCUUCCCAUUUCAGCAUCCAGUUUUCUUAAGUGAAAAUAGAAUUGAUAGACCUUUGUUUUUAAAUAGAAACUAGAGUUUAGAAAAAUAUUUAGCAGUUCUAUAGGACAAAUUGAACCCUAAAAUUGUCAUUGUGCUUGACAUGGUUUCCAAAAAAUGGUAUUCAACAUAUUUUAAUGAGGGUAAACAUUUUCCUGUUGCCAAGAAUAGCAUUGUAAAAACAUUUUGUAAUAAUAAAUAGCUUUAAUUACAUGCUUGUAACUAAAAUAAUUUUUAAUGUCUCAAAUGUCACUUAAAAUAUUAAAAUAUAAUUAAUUCAUAAAAUAGCUAUUUAAAAUCAAUUAUAGUUUCUAAUAGAAGAGCUAAUUUUAAUGUUAUCUAUAGCCUGUUUUGUAUGCUAAUAUUUUCUAUUUUGUAACCCCAAAUGGUUAAGUUACCAGGGUAUCUGUCCACCGUUCUGGCAUUCUUCUACCCACUUACAGAAAAGUCUCUGUUAUAGAAAGCUUGACAGGGGAGGGAGAAGGAGAGAUUAUUUUUGCCCAACCACAUGCUCCCCUCAAACAGGUUUCUGACAAACACAUGCAGUGUGAUGUGUGGACUGGCUUUGUAAACUGGAGAAUGCCAAGAUGGGUUUAUGUGACCCGUUUUGCUCCUAGAAGAAUCAUGAAAGCUGACACUUAAAAAUGUGAUUUAUGGUAAAGUUUGGCCAAGGCAUGAGAAAAAUUCUAUAAGGUGUCUUUUCUAAGGGAUUUUAUUUCUGUAUAUUUAUAUGUAAUCAAAGCUGGUCUUGCAAAACUGCUUUUUCUUCCUUAGUGCCCUCUUCUAUGGGAAAUAAGCCUGACAGAUCAGCCUGUCCCUGUGUGUGUGUGAGCGCCUGCUGAAAGGCUUGCCUGGCCCUCAAGUGUUCUCCCCCGUCAGCCAACAAUGGUUCCAUCCUUUCAGUAGAAUGAAUCUUCAGCCCAAGGACCUCAAAGU